AGAAAGGUCGUCGGUGAUACGCGUCUAAUCCUGCCUAGAACGCGGGCGCUUCCGCUUUAGUGACUGAGCUGCCUUCACCUAUAGGCUUGAGUUUCAAGACAGGACAGGGAGAAAGAGAAGAUCACGGUCCAUUCAUCUUCCUCGUCAUUUCUUCAGUUACAUCUCCUCAUCUUCUCAAACACCUCCACCGCUCUGUCAAUUGUCUUAACGCUCUCUCCGAAUUGAAACACUAGUUUCUCCUUCCCCAACUUCUAUCUCUCCCAUUCCCAUUUCCCUCUCUCUCUCUCUGAGCUUCGUAUGCAAGGGAUCAUGACCGGAAAAGAUAUCCUCCACAAAAUGAAGGCCAAAGCUGGUUUUGGUUCAUCGUCAUCUGAUACAGGGAAAGGCAAGAGCAAAAUGUCCAAGCACAUUACACAUGGUUACCAGUUGAUCAAGGGAAAAUCAAAUCAUGACAUGGAAGAUUAUAUUGUUGCGCAGUUCAAGAAAGUACAGGACAACGAAUUGGGUUUAUUUGCCAUAUUUGAUGGGCAUUCCGGUCAUGAUGUUGCAGACUAUCUGCAGUCCCAUCUUUUUGAUAAUAUUCUGAAUGAGCCUGACUUCUGGACAGAUACAGAGUCUGCGAUCAGGAGGGCAUACUUUGUAACUGAUUCGACAAUUCUAGAGAAAGCAGUUGAUUUGGGAAGAGGAGGUUCAACUGCAGUCACAGCAAUAUUGAUAAAUGGUCAGAAACUGUUUGUUGCAAAUGUUGGAGAUUCACGAGCUGUUAUAUGCAAGAACGGUGAGGCCAUUCAGCUAUCAGUUGAUCAUGAACCAAGCAUGGAGAAGAAGAGCAUUGAAAGCAGAGGGGGUUUUGUAUCCAACCUUCCAGGGGAUGUGCCACGAGUUGAUGGACAAUUGGCAGUGGCACGGGCAUUUGGUGAUAAAAGCUUGAAGCGACACCUCAGCUCUGAACCUCAUGUGACAGUGGAGAUGAUCGAUGAUGAUACAGAGUUUGCCAUCUUCGCAAGUGAUGGAUUAUGGAAGGUGAUGACAAAUCAAGAAGCAGUGGACUCCAUCAAACACAUAAAGGAUGCUCUGCCGGCAGCCAAGCACCUGGCCGAGGAGGCUGUUAAUAAGAAAAGCAAAGAUGACAUUUCCUGCAUAGUUGUGAAGUUCCACUGAGCCAUAUUUUGGGUGUGUUUUCAUCUUGAAAAGGGAAAAAAUGUAUUAAUUGAUGUGUGUACUUCACAAAUAAUAUUUGGAUUCAAAUAGUCUUCCAUAUCCUUGGAUAAGGGAAUGCUGUUUCUAUAUUAGUUAAAUUAGAGUUUGGACAGAGUUGCAACAGUAGUUGUAAAUAUAGAUGCAUUUCAGCCAAUACAGCUGAUUUCAUGAGUAAUAGCACUUGAACAACCAUAAUAUUUCCAAUCAGACUCGAGCUUUGUUGAAUUCA